AUGAAGAAGGAUGAAUCAAUCAGUGACCUGCAGACAAGGUUCACACACAUCAUCAACAAUCUUCAUGCCCUAGGAAAAGUUGUAGAAAAUGAGCAACAAAUAGGAAAAGUAAUGAGAAACAAGCCUGUGAAGACUAAAGGCAAGGAUCAACAACCUUCAACAAAGAGAGCUUACAUUGCCUGGAACGACAAUGAUGAAGAUUCAUCUGAAGAUUCAGAAGAUGAAGAAGCUAACUUGUGUCUCAUGGCAAAUACUGAUUCAGAAUCUGAAAGUGAAGUAAGUACAACCUCUAAUCCAUCUUAUGAUGAACUGCAUGAUGCCUUUAAUGAAUUGCAUGCUGAAUAUGGACAUAUGGUUUUCAAUUGCAAACUGAAAAAACUUGCCAACAGAGGAUGGAAACAAAUUUGGAAAGUUAAGACACAAGCAUUUGAAACUAACCCCCCAGGACCCAAUUUGAAUUGGGUACACUUUACUUCUAUGUUUUGUACACUUGAGCAUAAGGAAGUUAAAAGUAUGAAAUUGACAGAUAAAAGAGUUAACAAUAUUUACAUGAUAGAUUUUGAUUCCUUACCUGCAAAUGAUAUAUGUUGCUUAUUAUCUAAUGCUGAUGAGAACUGGCUGUGGCAUAAGAGAGUGGCCCAUAUUCAUAUGGAUCACUUGAAUAGACUAGUUAGUAAGCAGUUAGUCCUAGGUCUCCCAAAUAGGAAGUUUUCUAAGGAUAGGUUGUGUGACUCCUGUGAGAGGAGUAAGCUAGUUAAGUCUUCUUUCCCCCCUAUAGACUUAGUUCAAACCAAUAAGGUCUUACAGUUAGUACAUAUGGAUCUUUUUGGUCCAUCUCAGGUUAGAAGUUUUGGAGGGAACCUAUAUGGGUAUGUGUUGGUAGAUGAUUACUCUAGAUUCACAUGGACAUUUUUUCUGGCUCACAAGAAAUCUGAACCAAUAGAACCUAGUGAACCUAUACCUCCAACCAACCUUGACUGUGUAGAACCUAUUAGGGAAGAUGAUUUACCCAAAGAAUGGAAGUUUACCAAAAACCAUCCCAUAGACAACAUUAUUGGAGAGGUUUCAAAAGGAGUUUCAACCAGAAAAUCCCUUAGAGAAUUUUGCAACCUUAUUGCCUUUGUUUCUCAAAUAUAA